CUCCUCCCCAGGGUUGUGGCCACGCGCAGCGGCGGCGGUUGUUCCGCUUCCCCUCCAGCCCGGGCCGUCGCCAUUGCCGAAGGCUCCCUCCCCUCCCCUCCCCGACGCCCGCAGGGCUCCGGCUGCCGCUCGGCCUAGCGGUGCAGCAGCGGCCGCGCUCCAGCGGGACUCGUCUUCCCGCCCCGCCGCCCCGUCCUUCCCCUCCCCGCCGCGCGCCUGGCCCGGGGCGGCUCCGCAGCCCGCCGGGAGCUCGGACGGAGGCGCCUCGCUUGGGGCGGGGACCUUUUCCUCGCCUGGGGCCAUUUCUUAGCUCUGAACCAUGUCUGAUAACGGGGAACUGGAAGACAAGCCUCCAGCACCUCCUGUGCGAAUGAGCAGCACCAUUUUUAGCACUGGAGGCAAAGACCCUUUGUCAGCCAAUCACAGCUUGAAGCCUUUGCCCUCUGUUCCAGAAGAAAAAAAGCCAAGGAAUAAAAUCAUCUCCAUAUUCUCAAGCACAGAAAAAGGAAGUAAAAAGAAAGAAAAAGAACGUCCAGAAAUUUCUCCUCCCUCUGAUUUUGAGCACACCAUCCAUGUUGGCUUUGAUGCUGUUACUGGAGAAUUCACUGGCAUGCCGGAGCAGUGGGCACGGUUAUUGCAGACCUCCAAUAUCACCAAACUUGAGCAGAAGAAGAAUCCUCAGGCUGUACUGGAUGUCUUAAAGUUCUACGACUCCAACACAGUGAAGCAGAAAUACCUGAGCUUUACUCCUCCUGAGAAAGAUGGCUUCCCUUCUGGAACACCAGCACUGAAUACCAAGGGUUCAGAAACAUCAGCUGUGGUAACAGAGGAGGAUGACGAUGAUGAAGAGGCUGCUCCUCCUGUUAUUGCCCCACGACCGGAUCAUACAAAAUCAAUUUACACUCGAUCUGUGAUUGACCCUAUUCCUGUACCAGUUGGUGAUUCUCAUGUUGAUGGUGCUGCCAAAUCUACAGAUAAACAGAAAAAGAAGACCAAGAUGACAGAUGAAGAGAUUAUGGAGAAAUUACGAACUAUUGUGAGCAUAGGUGACCCUAAGAAAAAAUAUACAAGAUAUGAAAAAAUUGGACAAGGGGCUUCUGGUACAGUUUUUACUGCUACUGAUGUGGCAUUGGGACAGGAGGUUGCUAUCAAACAAAUUAAUUUACAGAAACAGCCAAAGAAGGAAUUGAUUAUUAAUGAAAUUCUGGUGAUGAAAGAAUUAAAAAAUCCCAACAUAGUUAACUUCUUGGACAGUUACCUAGUGGGAGAUGAAUUAUUCGUGGUAAUGGAGUACCUUGCUGGCGGCUCACUCACUGAUGUUGUAACAGAAACCUGCAUGGAUGAGGCACAGAUCGCCGCCGUGUGCAGAGAGUGUUUACAGGCUUUAGAGUUUUUACAUGCUAAUCAAGUGAUCCACAGAGACAUCAAAAGUGACAACGUGCUUUUGGGGAUGGAAGGAUCAGUUAAACUUACCGACUUUGGUUUCUGUGCCCAGAUCACUCCUGAGCAGAGCAAACGUAGUACCAUGGUUGGAACGCCUUACUGGAUGGCCCCCGAGGUGGUUACAAGGAAAGCGUAUGGCCCUAAAGUCGAUAUAUGGUCUCUGGGUAUCAUGGCUAUUGAGAUGGUGGAAGGAGAACCUCCAUACCUCAAUGAAAAUCCCUUAAGGGCUUUGUACCUGAUAGCAACUAAUGGAACCCCAGAACUUCAGAAUCCAGAAAAACUUUCCCCUAUAUUUAGGGAUUUCUUGAAUCGGUGUUUGGAAAUGGAUGUGGAAAAAAGGGGUUCAGCCAAAGAAUUGUUACAGCAUCCCUUCCUGAAGCUGGCCAAGCCAUUAUCAAGCUUGACACCACUCAUCUUGGCAGCUAAAGAAGCAAUGAAGAGUAACCGUUAACAUCAUUGCCAUGGCCUCAUAUUCUUUUAUCCAUUUUCUAAAAAGAAGUAUUUUAAUAUAUGAAAGUUAACUGCUCUUUGUGGGCUUUAAAAAAUAUUCUGCGUGACAGAGAAAAACAGCUCUUUCUUGAAGACAACCAAGACAAAAUUGCAAAAAGAAAAUCAUGACUUUGAGAUGAACCCCUUGUUUAGGGUCCAAAGGAAUUGUGGCCUGAGUAGCCUUCCAUCUUUCAGCAGACAGCCACCAUGGCCAUUUUUUGUGCUUGAGAUUUGCAUUGUAUCUUGCUAACUUUGUUGUAAUACAUCCUAUUUGCUGUCCCCUUCAGGGUGUUUUCAAUACUUGAAGAGCAGAUUUGAGUUCUUCGGAGUUUUUUCAUCUGCUGGUCUUUUCUUCUUCAGAGCUUUCCUUUCCUUGACUUGCUCCUUUUGAAUUGCUUUGAGAAAUUUUUCUCAUGCCUAGAUUCAAGGCAAGUAUGAUAGAAAUUAUGCAGCUCCUUGUAUUAGCAAAGGAGCUCAGUAUAAUUUAACUUUGUGUAGAAGUUAGGACCAGCAAUUGUUUAAUGUAAUAUUUCAGUUCAAAACUUGAACUGAAAGAAGGGAAGAAAAGUAUGUGAUUUUUACCUUUUUUAACAAAUGUGAAAGAGUCACUUUUAGGAAUCUCAUGGUAGUGAGUUUGGCAUUUUUACAUGUAUAGAAAGAAGACUAAUCUAUAUUUAUAACUAAAUCGUUGCAACAGAAAAAGAAUCCCAGCCUAUGCAUCUGCUCAAUUUUGUCUCCUUCUCUGCCUGUCUCCUCUAGAUUUGGCUUCAUGAACCAAAGUAAUUUGUUCUUGUUCCAGCUUGAGUUGUGUGACUUUGGUUAGUGCUGUUACCUUCUCUUUCCUUCUCUUCCUUUUCAUUUGGAAAUAAGUUUCUGUAUAUGUUGCAAUUUUAGGUUUAGCGUUGUUUUGGUUCUUAUAAUUUUGCUUAUAAUUAAUUCUCUCAACUCACACAUUCUCUUCCCUACCACAUCUCACCCUGUGGCAAAUAACAUAAUAACCAUUGAAUUUUCAGAAUUUAAAAGUUAUUUUUUAUUUUUCACUUAAAAAGACAAAUACUUGGGGUUGGCAGAGACAGUAUGGGAGAUUGAACUCUAGUGAGUUCUAAAAUAAUUAGUCAAGACUGUAUUCAUGACUGAGUUUUAUAGAGUUAGAACAUAGGACCAGUAAACUGUAAAGAUUUGUUGUAAGUUGCAUUGAUCCAACACAUUAACAGUAUUUUUCUGUCAAAGAAAACUUAAAUGAGAAAUUUGGAUCAUUGGAGAUGUUAAAUUACUUUA